CGCGGUGGAUGUCUGGGGAGCAGCGACAACGAAUUCCUACCACCAGACCAGACCAGACCAUCUUCAGUAGUCAGCCAGCCUUAUUCUGAAUCCUGCCGGGCGCGACACCAGUAAACAAUGUCGUCAGGGGACGGGGUCAGAAGCGACCAGCUUGAGCCAUUGGCGACGUCCAAAGCGGGCACACGAAAGAAGAUCCGACCCACAUACUCGUGCUUAAACUGCCACAAGCGCAAAGUCAAGUGCGACCGAGUAAAGCCGUGCGGUGCGUGCUGCCUCCGCGGCACGCCGUCCGAGUGCGAAUACGGCACCAGCAAGCGGGACCGCCACUACAUCCAGCAGUCGGCCCUAAUCGAAAACCUUCUGCGAUCCUGUGAGAGUCUCAAACACCAGCUUGCCGAGGCUCGCCAACUCGCCAACCUUCCUGCCGUCAAGGAUGAGGAUGGCCCCUCCCAGGGCAGUCAGGCCCUCUAUUCCAUCAGGGAAAAGGAUUCAAAUACUCCAGAAGACGACGGUGACAACGACGAGUCGGGGGAUGACUUGGAUCUGGCCUCCAAACUCCCGCUCCCAGGCCACCAGGCCGCGGUGUCCCCCAAUGCCUUAGCGCUGGAGGAGCAACGCUCACGUAAAGAAAGUCGUUACUCCUCUCCACCAAUGUCGAAAGAGAAAGUCGUUUUGACUGACCCAAAUUUAGCCAAUGCGUUAAUAGAGUUAUAUGUUGAACGUUUGGUCAAUAACUUUAGCCCGGAAGAAGUCACUGGCACCAUAGCCUUACGUGAAGCACGUUCUAUGCGAGUGUUUUCUCCCAUCUUAUGUAGUGCUUUUGAGGCAGCUUCUCUUACCUUUGCUGGCCGGCGUGAUGGAAAUCGAGCAGUUGAGGUAGCCGGACAUGCGCGUUAUCUCCGAGUGUUGCGCUCUCUCCAGAAUGCCCUGUAUGACCCUCAGGAAGGAAAGUCGACGGAGGUCCUCGUGGUAGUCCUCCUGGCCACCAUCAUCGAAGCCUUCAAACAGACGUCAAAGGAUUCACUUCUUAGGCACCAACUAGGCGGCUUGGAACUUCUACGAACACGGACACCGUAUCGACAUCGGCAUGGCGUUGAGCGCUCUUUGUUUGUUGACCUUCGGAUGUACUGGGUUACGGCAGCUUUGGUCCAUCGAAAGCCCACAUUCCUAGCAGAGAAGGACUGGUUAACAGUUCCGUGGCCUGGAGAUGGACCCUCCAAAGAUAUCCUCCAGCGGCUGCUUGACGUCGCCGUGCAUAUCCCCGGAUACCUUUCCCAGAUCGACGAGUUUCAAACCUUACUAAAGGCAGGCACCAGGCCUCCAUCGGAGCUCGUCAUCAUGCAGAGCGCUAUAUGGGAACGAGCCAACGAGCUUCAAGGCUUGCUUCAGGUGUGGAAGAGUAUGUACGCCGACACGUAUCCCGCAGGCGGGCCCUGGGAAGAAUCCCACUAUCGAGCGGACCCCACCGACGAUUUCCCCAAGUUCAGGUGCCACAACCCAAGCACGAUGGAAGUGAUAAUCGCCCGGAACAUCAUGUAUCCUGACCUCCUUCUCGCGACAUCCAUGAGCUUCUACUGGGCCCUAGGCCUCAUCAUUUCCAGCACCGACCCGGGACUAGUCAGCGUCCUCGGGCUUCAAGAACGAUAUCAAUACGCAUGCAAUAUCUGCCGCAGCAUGAAAUACUACACCACUAACAUCCCAGGCUGCCUAAUAUCCCGGGUGAUGUUUAUUCUCCGCACCGCGUUCGAUAACUUCGCUGACGGCAUGGUCGAGAAGGAAUCCAUGGCGGAUAUGUUCGCGUACAUUGGCCGGAGAUUCGAUUUCCCCGUAUUUUCGAACAAAUGCACCUCGUCUUCCGUGAAAGUCGAAGGAUCUGCUUAAUUUAAGUGUCCUCGCUCCUUUUACUCCCCUAACCUCAUCACCUCCCUCUGGUCUUUUUUUACUUUAUUGGCGGGCGAUCUGCUUACAGGACGAGGAUGUUUCACGACCCUUAUGACCUCAGUUUGUCUUCUAGCCUUCUACGUGUCUGCUUUUUCCUUGCUUUUAGUAUUGCACUUGAUUGGGUUCUGCGACGGAUGGAUAUGGGAACUUGAGCCUUGUUUGGAUAUUAUAUUUCCUUAAUUGGGUGGAUGAGCACCUAGGUAUGAACCGUUGAUGGGAUUCGGUGCCUGCAAGGAUUGUCUAUUCUAUUCUGGCACCAAGCAUGCGAACGAGAAUGAGACUGAGAUUAAAAGUUUUAGGAAGUAAUGGGAUUGUUUAUGUCCCUCUCAGAAUCCU